GGAAAAAGUCCACAAUAUCAUAACAAUGUGCGAUGACAGACGACUACGAGACUUAUUAUGGUGAGCACUUCAUAAGGACCAUCUCCAAGAAAAAUGAACCCCAUGCUGGGCCUGGGCCUGCUUCUGGCUGGCCUCCUCACUGCGGAAGGUCUUCUGAAGCCCAACUUCUCUCCAAAGAAUCAUGGAGCUGUGAGCCAGACUCAAGGGAGGAAGGGCAGGACAGGAGCCCGGGAGCUCGCAAGGCGGAAUAUGGCCUUUGGCUUCAAGCUGUACAGGAAGAUGGCCUCCACCGGCCACAGCAAGAACAUCUUCUUCUCCCCCAUAAGCAUUUCUACGGCCUUCUCCAUGCUGUGUCUGGGUGCCCAAGACUCCACGCUGGCCGAGAUUAAAAAUGCCCUCAACUUCAAGAAUGUACUGGAGAAAGACCUUCAUGAGGGCUUCCAUUACCUUAUCUGCAGGCUGAACCAGUGGAACCAGAACCUCAAGCUGAGCUUUGGGAACACCUUGUUCAUUGAUCGGAGGCUGCGGCCGGAAGAGAAGUUUCUGACAGAUAGCAAGAACCUGUACAAUGCAGACAUCAUCCCUACCAACUUCCAGAACUUGGAAAAUACUCAGAAGCAGAUCAAUGACUAUGUCAGUCAGAAAACCCAGGGGAAAAUCGAUAAACUCAUCGAGUAUAUAGAUCCUGGCACUGUGAUGAUCCUUGGAAAUUAUAUUUUCCUUCAAGCCACAUGGCAACAUGAGUUUGAUCCAAAAGCAACUAAAGAGGAAGAUUUCAUUCUGGACGGAAACAAGACAGUGAAGGUGCCCAUGAUGUUCCGUGGGGGCUUGUAUAAGGUUGCCCAUGACGACCAGCUCUCCUGCACUAUCCUGGAAAUGCCCUACAAAAGCAACAUCACAGCCACCUUCAUUCUUCCCGACAAGGGCAAAAUGGAGCAAGUGGAGGAGGCCUUGAACCUGGACACUUUUGACAGAUGGAAAAAAUUAGUCAUGCGAAGGGUUGUAGACGUGUCCUUGCCCAGGUUCUCCAUUACUGGUACCUACAACCUGAAGAAGACUCUUUCCCACAUGGGUAUCACCAGAGUCUUUGAGGAGCACGGCGAUCUCACCAGGAUUGUCCCUAAUCGAAGCCUGAAAGUGGGCGAGGCGGUGCACAAGGCUAAGCUGAAGAUGGAUGAGAAGGGCACGGAGGCGGCCGGGGCCUCUGGAAUGCAGACGCUGCCCAUGGAGAUGCCGUUCACCUUCAAGCUGAACAGCUCCUUUCUGCUGGUGAUAACAGAGGACAUCAUGCCGAGCGUGCUCUUCAUGGGAAAGAUUGCUAAUCCUGCUGGCACAUAAGGACGAAUUCCAGUUUGCUGCCAACCCCAACCAUGGCCUGGGGCUGAAAACGCCGCUUCUCCCUGGGACUGAGACCACAGAGACCUCCUGAUCUAAUCCCACAUCACCGUGCGUUCCCAAGACCGUCCAAAGAGGCAGCACUGCUGGCUCGCAGGGCCUCGUGCUUAGCCCCGUCCCUGCUCGUUCACAGGCUGGGCUGAGACACCCCACCCACAUCCACUUGGCAGGCCGCCAUUGCUCUCCCACUGGCAGGCAAAGGAGUUUUAUGAUUUAAUAAACACCCUCGCAGGUCUGCCGAC